AUGUCGGAAUUCACACAAAUGGCAGAGCGUGCUCUUGCUGAUGAUGGGUUCUUGGAACUAGACGCCCCGAAAAUAGGAGAGUCCAUACUAGAGUUGGAGCGGCGGCGCUUCCCUCUGGCAUCUAAGCAUGGCCUGGACUUCAUCCAGCAACAUGUCCUUGAUGAUAAGCGCAUCACAUCCAUCAUCGAUUCCGUCUUUCCUAAUGGGUGCGUGAUCAGGCAUUUCUUGAGAUAUCAAGCGUAUCCUGAUACAUAA